AUGGGUAAAAAUUUAGUCUGUUCGAUUUUUCUUCCCUAUACUAUAAACUUUCAUUUAGACGAACUUGAAGAUAAAGGUCGCGAAAAUCUCCCUGCUUCGUAUGAAAUUUCCAGAAAUAGAAGAAAUUCCAUUCGCAUAGAUAAUGUUCUUUCCCAUCUUGCUAUUUCCCAAAAAGAUACUUCCCAAGACACUCCUGUCUUGACCCCCCAGCACGAAAAUACGCACGAUUACUUUAGUAUCGGUUCGCUUCGACGUGGUGGUAAUUCUGGUGUUGGUGCUGGUAGUGGUACAAAGACUCCAAGAACGCCAAAUAUAGGUACUGGUACACCAUUACCUGGUUCUGGUCGUUCUUCCCCUGUUUAUACCCAACCUCGCUCGCGCGCCACCUCUCCGCCGCCCUUCGCCAAGCCAGCUGAUCGAUUCGGUGCUCCUGGUUUAGGCACGAAACAAAAGUUUUUGAAAAAACGUCAUGAAAGUCUAAACAAAGACGUUGCGCUGUUUGAUUCUGCGCGUUGGACAGUAGAGCGUGGAAUCAAUGGUAAUAGUGGCUUAUUUAAUGCUGUGGACGCUGCUGUGCGUGAUAAAAAGGUGACCAACCACCAAUGGGUCGGUCUCUUGGGUAUGCCCACAGAGACCCUAUCCAAAAAGACAAAAGAUGCCAUUUCUGCAGCCUUGUUAGUCAAACAUCAAUCGUUGGCUGUAUACACACCCGAUUCUGAUUUUGAAGGUCAUUACAAUCACUACUGUCGGAAGAUUUUAUGGCCUUCUUUGCAUUACCAGCAUAAUGAAAUUUUCUCUUUUUUCCAUGAGGAAAGUAACUGGGAUGCCUAUGUGAAGGUGAAUCAAGCUUUUGCUGAUAAAAUCAUUGAAACUUAUCGUCCUGGAGAUACCAUUUGGGUGAACGAUUAUCAUCUUCUCCUUGUACCUGCAAUGGUGCGAGAGAAGUUGGCCAAUGCUAUAAUUGGUCUCUUUAUUCACGUUUCUUUUCCUUCGUCGGAAGUCUUCCGCUGCUUUGCUCGUAGAAACGAGCUUUUACUUGGCAUGCUCGGAGCCAAUCUCAUUGGCUUCCAAACGGAGGAAUAUAAGCGUCAUUUCCUUCAAUCUUGCUCCCGCGUUCUGUAUGCUGAAGCAACGUUCGGUCGCGUCCUUUUGGAAGAUCGCUAUAUCGAUGUUUACUCCCACCCUGUUAGCGUGGACCCCGAGUCGGUCCAAGCCAAUUUGGAUAGUGAAGAAACGAUUGAAACGAUUCAAGUUCUAAAAAAGAGAUAUGAAGACCUAAAUGUUUUUGUAGGUUGCGACAAAAUGGAUCCCAUCAGAGGAAUACGGGAGAAGCUUUUGGCUUUCGAGCAGUUUCUUUAUGAUAACCCUUCAUAUCAAAAAAAUACCAUUUUGUUACAGACUUCGACACUUACUGACGAGGCUCGUGAGUAUGGAGUAGAAGUUUCGGAUAUCGUGACCAGGAUUAAUUCAACCUUUGGCGAUUUUUCUUUGGAUCAUCUUCCUGUUACUUUUCUUUCAAGCGAUUUGUCCUACGCUCAGUAUCUGGCUAUAUUAUCCAUUGCUGAUGGCUUCAUUGUUACUUCCUUGCGUGAAGGAAUGAGUCUAACCUGCCAUGAGUUUAUUCUUACCCAGCAAGAGAAAAAGUCGCUUUUAAUUGUUAGUGAAUUCAUUGGUUGUUCAGCAUUUUUCCGCGAAGGUGCUCUUAUCGUAAACCCAUGGAGUACUUUAGAGAUGAGCCAUGCCAUGCGAGAGGCUUUAGAAAUGGUUGAUGCAAGCAAAAAGAAACGGUACAACUUUUGCAACGAUGUUAUUCGUAGUCACACGGCCUCCACGUGGGUUGCCGAAUUUGAAAACAAAUUAAAAAAGUCGUGGACGUCUCAACAAAAACAUGAUCUAUCCCAUAUACCGAGAUUUACUUUGAACUUUGUCGGCAACCGAUAUGCCAAUGCGAAUAAGCGCCUUUUGUUCUUAAACUUUGAUGGACAAGCUGUUUCCUGGGAAGGACGCCACGAGUUUAUGGAUUAUCAUUAUGGAUACAUAAUCAGUAUCUUAACGCGGUUGGUGAAUGACCCCAAAAAUGUUGUUUACAUGUGCAGCUGUCUAGACCGAGACGAAUUAGAUUCCUUGUUUGUUAAUCUUCCUGGAUUGGGUUUGAUCGCCGAAAAUGGGUGUUUUGUGAAGCCACACACAGCAAGAGAGGAUAAUUUACAAAGCUGGAUUCGUCUGUUUAAGAAGGAUCAGAUGGCUUGGCGUGAAUCCAUGCACGAUGUUAUUCAGUAUUACGCUGAAAGAAAUCCAGGCUCCAGUUUAAUCGAUCAUGGAUACGCAAUGGAGUUUAAUUAUGUCAAAGUUGACAACAAAGAGAAUGGGAUGAGAAACGCUCUUGAAUUGUGUAGUAGUGUAAAUGAAACCGGAAACGCAUGCAAAGCGAUUCCCAUGGAAGGGCAUGUUUUGAUUGAACCAAAGAACAUUUCAAAGGCAACAGCAGCAAAUUAUACCCUGAACAAAAUCCUACACAAUCCCAAUGAUUUGGACUUAAUUUUGGUAGCUGGAAACAACCGUACCGAUGAAGGUACCUUUGUGUGGGCCAAUAGACUACCAAUCUUUUCUUUCACGGUUUCUAUGAGAGUGGAAAAUACCGAUGCUCACUCUUAUACUGAUGGAAUUCCCAGUUUUUUCAAUGUUUUGAACUCAUUAUGUGAUUAA